AUGAUAGACGAUGAGUUCUUUGAGACCCAGACGCAAGGUUCGCCAUUACGACCAGAUGGAAAACCGUGUCGGGUGGCAUUUAUCGUCAAGGCCAUGAACCUCUAUCAGAUUCUAGAUGAGACUCUAGUUGAUCUCUAUCUCAAGUCGGCCAGGAGUGAAGAUAUUGAGAGUACACUCACCCGAAUUCUUGAGAUCAAUGGUAAUCUGCAAGCUUGGAAUAAAUCCCUUCCUGGGCACCUUCAAUUACAACAUGCUGCGGAAGAUGACGAAGUGCUACAACGACAGGCGAUUGUCCUGAGGGUUCGGUAA